AUUUCGUUUUAACAUAAUCUAUUUUACCACAGAGAACAGAAAAAUUAAUAUUAAACAUAUAAGGCGCUGCAAUAGCAAAUGUGUAGCGCUAUACUGGUUAGAUAUGUGACGGAAAAGAACAGAAAUGGAAUCAGCGUUGGAUGUACUAACUAAAGCAGCUCACUUUGUUGAAAACCAAGAGCAAAAUCGACGUGAACAUGAUCCUGGUCCGUUAUCAACGUCCCCAGUAGAUCACAUAAGUAACCAUCCGAAAGAAAAUGCUGAUUGCGCUAUAAGGAAAAUCAGGAAAAAUGGCGACUCAGGUAACGUGACAUCUUCACCCAAUGAUGUGAACGCACGAAAUACCAGCGAAACGAGCAGCCUCACGAGGCGAAGCAACGAUCGUCCAUCGGCUCCUGAGCACCGUGUGCCUGAUGACCGAAACAACGGAUCAGUCGCGCCCUCUGAUACAAUGCGCAUAUAUAGUGUAAACGAAGGACAAUCCGCUGAAGAAGUGCCUUCCAUGACCAGCUACAGUCACCAUAGCAGCAACGGAGUUUUACACCAGAGCAUUUACCCAGAUCGGCACGCCUCAACGUUCCGCCGGAAUAGCAGCACCGAAUCCCCGCCAACUGCGAAUCACGCUUCGUUCAAGCGACGCUCAACGUCUCCCGCUCCAACGACGGACUCUGAGCACCCAUCGCGUGGAAUGGCUCUUCCACAUCCCCUGAGCUCUCUUUCCGGCGCCGCUACUCAUCCAAUGGCAGCCCACCUGCCACCACACAACCCGAUGAUGCCCUUUGUUCACCCUUUAAUGUACUCAGGCCUAGACCCGACCGUAUGUGCAGACGUGCUCGCCAGACAAGGUCUUAGCAGUCUAAGCAGCGACGGCGAACGCCAGCAAUCCCCGGGAUCAUCUCCGGUGACAACCAAUGCCGGGCUACCCCCCACCGGCCUCCCUGGAUUAAUGUAUCCUCUGGCGAACCCAGCAUUGUUGAUGGGCAACCGAGGAGCUGCAAUGCCGGGGCUCGGUCUAUCCGAGCUACCAAUGCUUUUUCCAUCACAGCUAGCAGCAUACGGAGCUGCAACAAAUAUGCUGCCCCAUCAAUUGGCUUCACUCAGCUCUUUAACCGAGCAAGACACAAAGCGUUUGUAUGAGUCUAUCCCGGGCAUGCCACAACAUGUGCCUGCCCAUGUAUUAGCCCAUCCCUAUUUGAAGAACUUUUGCUCUCCCGCCCUGGAUUCUUCAGCGGCAGCAGCAACGAAAGACUCCAGAUCCAAGCAACCGGUUCCACCAGCAGCAGCUACUGGUGUUCCUGGGCUAUCAGCAGCUUACUCAGCUGACUAUUUACUUCGUUACCAGGAAGUGUUUACCAAUGAAGCGCUAAAGGAAGGGUUUAUGAACGCUCAACAAGCAGCUUCAUCACCGGCACCUCGGCGCUCAAGUUCCCCCGAAAUUAGUGCUAAGAAAUCCGGCGUGCCGGGCUACAAUUUCCCGAUCCCGUUUUAUGGAGCGCACCUUGGUGUCGGAGCCAAUAAAUCUCCAAUACCACAGCGUAAAGUAUCGACACCGACUAUGGUACCACAUAAGAACGGCACGGGACCUUCCCCCAACCAGGAACACCGCUCAGUAAACCCUGUAUCCCAGGACAGAGAUGGCCAGUACCCGGAUACCCACGACUUACCUAUUGGAUUAAACGGGAAUGACGAAGCACGUCGUCGUUUAAUAGCCCUGGCGCAAAGGCCUCACGCCUACCGCGAUGUGUAUUCUCAAUUCAAGGGACCUCACGAUCGAAUCGAGCGACGUUCGCCUUCACCCUACGCUGAUCGGCGACGCAUUUCAAGAGAGAGAUCGCCCCACCGUGCAGUCCCAGCCCCUGAAAAGUUACCGAAAAAGCGGUCGCACGAAAACUCAUUUGGCAUUCCGCCGGACCUUGUUCCACCGCGCAAGAACCGAAGCCCGAGCAUUCAGCCGGGCAUCGGCGGGCCGAGAAUGCCCAAAUCACCGUCGAAUAUUCACCAGCAGACACACCGUCGAAGCAGCAGUCCGAUGGAGAGAAUGGCGCCCAGCCAUCAUCCCUCCGCUGCGCACCCGUACUUAUCCAUGGCUGGCAAAACGAAUGAGAAAGAUCCCUCUCCCUACUUCACCAGCCCGCAGUAUAUGUUCCAACCGGCACUUGGCGCUCUGUCAGGCCACCCGUUCCAACUGCCGACGUCAUACAGACCUACAGACCCCAUCACGUCAGCACAUAGCAAAGCAGAGGCGGAAGCCAUAGCUGCAGCGUCCACGCUCGCAUCCAGUCUGUACCGACCAACCGCACCUACCGAUGUAAACGCCAUGGCAGAGUACGCUCGUUUGGCGGGAAUUUCACCGUACUUCGCGUUGUUGAUGCCCCAACAGCAGCAGCAGCACUUUCGACCUCCUGUGAUGACGCAUGCUAAUCCUUCCGCACAGGAAUUCGCGGCGGCGGCAUUGAAGCAAGCGGCUUUGCAACAGAGCUUACUGCUGGAGCGAGGCGAGAAGGAUCGAAUUUCGAGCCCAGUUGCCAGCAUUCUACCCGGGAUCAACUCUCUCCGUCAGCAACAGCCACAAAUCAGUGGCGCAUCCAAGCUAACACGCGGUUCCCCAAUCCCGAGCCACCACAAGCUGCCCACAAAGCAUUCGACCCCUUACAGCCACCACCACCCACCGCCUCCUCAUCCAUACACCGCCCGAUCACGUAGCCCCUCAAAUGUUGCAGAGGACACUGCGCGGCAGGUAAAAAGAGAGGUCACCUCGCCACCCAGCAAGCGAUCGAGUCUGGCCUACCCUCCUCCGCCGCAUGCCAAGCACCCUCAUCCCGCCGGUAGACGCCCCGAUGAAGAGCGAGCUAACCGACUCAAGAGGAAAGCAGAGGAAGAGGAACAUGACGCCAUCGCGGAAAAGGAGGCAAUGUUAAAGAGGAAGAGAGAAAUAACUUCAGAUACGAAUGCACCCGGCAUCGAAGAACACUUCCGGCGUUCACUUGGGGACCGAUAUCCAAAGGAGACAGAAUCGACGCCAAACACAGUGAGCAUAACUGCCACCGUGGAGGAUCAUUUCCAGAAAGCCCUGGGCAACGACUUGUGGAAUAAACUUAGUAAACCAGGCAACAAAUCGGCUUCACCAGAGCCGUUGGACGGCGUUAAUGGCCGCGAUUUAAGAACAGAAGCAGCUGCACACAUGCCGCCAGCUCACUCCUUCCACAGCGCGUAUCUUCAGCAGUUCCGAGAUUCCCGUUACUUCCCAACCAUGCCUGCCUAUCUGCAGCAACCGAGGACACCACCGACCACGAAAACUGUGAAAGCACGCGCCAUUGUGUACCCAGAGACUACAACAACUAAUGUCAGCCCUGCUAAUUUAAGCCGACAGGCCAACAGCAGCGAGAGCAUCACCAGUGUAAAAUUAGAAGCAACUUCAACAACCUCUUACGCCCCAGUUUACCCCGAAGCCUCAAAACAUCGGGGAAUACCCUACCCCACCCCUAACGAUCGUCAAACUAGUCCGAGUGCCCGAGACAUGAAACCUCGUAUCCCUCCUCCUUCCCUCCACCCCAUAUCAUCCCCGCCUUCCGAGAAGCCAUUUGUCCGUCAUCCUUCCUCUUCACCCAUCACUGGACAAGGAGCGCCGAAGAUCGCCUCCCACCCUCCUCCAUACAAGCUCUCUCCUCCAAACACCUAUGGAGAGAGUCCUCCUCGAGCCCCACCUGCCUACUCCCCUCAGAGCGUGGCGUUUGCAUCGUCGAACAAAUCUCCUCCUACAAGGAGGCUUUCGGUGGACGGCAGGAGUCCUCCGGACGGGGCGGUAACUGUCCCAGUAUCGGUGCAGACAUAAAUUGUUUCCAAUACCGUAACUAUGAAAAGAUGUACCGAAUGCGACGGUUGUAAUAACCGUUCCACUGUGAAGGGAAAGGGCAGUGCUGGUUGAAGCGAAAGUGACAAGUGCAUGGACAGAAAGACAAACCGGCUUCCAAUUCUUUACGUUCGCCUUCCUCGAGCUUUAUAUUGACUUUUGCCAGUCUCUGCUUCGCUUCCAAGUAGUCGCUGCUUAUUCGUUUAGUAACGUAAUUGGCCUGUAUAUCUCAUUCCCACACGUUCGAAGUUUGCGUUAACUUUACAAAGUGACCACCAGGACCACUGUCGUAUGUUCACUUCCAAUCGUGUUCUUUUGAGUUCCUCUCCGCUAUCAACCAACAGCAGCGGCGAAUCUUCUCUGACUUUCCACCGCGUGUUUCCUUCACUCAGUGCGAAGACCGACUAUCUUGCAAAUUGCAUUUUAACGGCCCCUCCCAGUUUUUUGCGGGAAUUCCGGACCGCACGACGUUCUCAUAAUUGUCGCACUUUCCUCGGAAUUCCAAACCAGUAAUUUGGAUAGACGUCACAAUCAGGUGUGUAUAAAGCCCGGGGCUCCGUGCGAGCCGAACUGCAGUUUAAUGUGUGGGUAGCGGUCAAAUCAUAUUUCGUGAUUGGACAGUCUCAUUCUAAUAAUUUCGUCUGGUCGUGCCCAUAUCGUCGAGUCACAAAGCCAAUUUUAUCACGAUUUUAUCCGGAUAAGUUUCAAUUUUGUACUGCGUUGUAUCAUAACGAGCCGUGUUUUACAAGCGUUUGCUUCUGCGGCUGCUUCUACUACUAACCGUUAGCGGUGGCUUGCUUUUACCAUUUUGAACUUUCGUUCGUGAUUUGUUCGCUCUGUGUGUCAGUCACAACUACCACUCACAGAAGACUGUGCCUUUACUGUACCCGUGCGAAUCGUCCUGCAAUAAACACAACAUGUGGCCAUAA